AUGGAUGGCAAAACAGCUUUCGCGAACAUUCGCAAGGGACCGCUGAAGAUGUCCGCCGCGCCACUCUUACGAUCAGGUACGUCGAUGUUCUUCUUUCUUCUCAUCGAACGGGACAGAAUGGCCAAAGCGCACAUCAGUCUUGUUCACGAGCGGAAGCGUCUAGAUGCUUUUACACGAAUCCCCGAGACGCGAAGAAAGCGAAGAGGGCGCCAGCACCAGCGUCAACUCCCCCCUUCGCGCGGCGGAGAAGAGGCGCGCGACGACGAGCCCAUUGCAUACAACGUCCACGAAGCGACCACUGCGCUCCGCGACGACGAACUCCACCCUACACCUACCACUUCACCCUUCACUCGACUCCGAACUCAAGACCCAGAGCACGACGCAAAACGCUGGAUGCUAACCCCCAAUCCCGCCCUCUCCGGCGAAGUCGAAGACCGGCGCACUUCAACUUUCUUCGACGACCCGAGCACCAGCUCCCUCCACCUGCGCAGCACUUUUCUCCUCGGCAUCUCAACAAUCCUCACCCUCCACUCCGGAAUCCGCCACCUCAUCGCCUACCUCGCGCGCGACCCCUACAACAUUCGCAUCUCCCCCCGCUUCCUCGAAAAAACGGACGAGCGGUACUUCCACGUCGCUCCCGAGGAGACGUUUGAGCAUCUCACGAGGGACGAGUUGGUGCUGGAGGUGCGGGAUGCGGGGGUGGAGAUUGAUUUUCGGAGGGGAGGGGUGGAGAGGUUGGGGAGGAGGAUUUUGAGGGCGAAGAUGGAGGUUGCGAGGGAGAGGGAGGGGUAUGUUGAGCGGGAGAGUUUGGUGGAAGGGGGGUGGGUGAGAGAGGAGUGGGUGAGGGGGGAGUGGGUGAGGGGGGAGUGUUUGUGGAAGGAUUGA